CUAUAUGCAGAAUUAUGCAGAGACUGGCAAGUUUGAACUGCAGAUCACCGCUUACUCUGACUCGACCACCGUGACAGUCUCUGUCCCUUGUGAAGGCUGCCUGCAGGAAGAGAACUUUGAAAGAAAACUCACUGUGGAUAAGGGGAAGAUGGUGCAAGUUGAGCUCCCAAAGUUUGUGGAAAUCAUUGGCAGCAAAGUUUUCUCUAGCGUUGUCCGGAUCCAGUCAGACAAAGAUGUGUCGGUGAUAUCCUUGAGCUCCAAGCCUUACAGCACAGAUACUGCUCUGCUCUACCCCGUGAGCAGUUUAGGGACUGAGCACUAUGUUGUGGGUCCUGCCAUAGGCCCUGUAGGAUAUUUACAAGAGUUUGCUGUCUUAACCACCCAGGGACCUAAUGUGGUCACUAUCUACCUGAAUAACCUGGUGACCUUCAAUGGGCUAACAUACAAUGCAGGAAGUAAACUGAGUGUGACACUAAAUGCUUUCACUGGAGUCCAAUUGCAAGGAAAAGGUGAUCUCUCUGGCACCAGGAUUGUCUCUCAGCUACCAGUGGCUGUCUUGUCCGGCCAUGUCUGUUCGUGGAGAUACACUAAAUGCAACCAUGUCUUUGAGCAGCUCCUGCCUGUGUCCCACUGGGGGAAGACGUUUGUGGCCCCUCCUAUACCUUGGCAGAAAAAAACUGACACCCUUUAUGUCUCAGCAUCCCAAGCCACCAUCCUGAACUACCAGAUGGGUACAUUAAAGCAGAUGAUUACACUAGGAGGCGGGCAGGUCAAGCAGAUUCAGAUCUCACCCCAAACCCCAAUCUACCUCUCGGCUGAUGUUCCGGUACAGGUGUUGCUCUAUAGUAAUGGUGGAAGCACCCUGUCUUUUAGCUACGACACCUUCUUGAUAGGGAUUCCAGACAUCAAAAGUUACAGCCUCUCGUACAGUGUGAGUGGGCAGGUCAGCUUUCAGAACUCUAUUCUUUUGGUGGUGAAGAGUUUGGAGACUGGUGGUCUCACGGUGAAUGAGAAGCUCCUGAGCGGAGUGAAGUGGAGUCCAGUUCCUGGCUCAGAGUACUCUUGGGGGAGAUAUGACCUGCCAGAUGCACUUGUGCCCUACGUAGUGGCAAACCCCCAGUCCCCCUUUUGCCUUAUCAGUGUGGGCAUUGCAAAUAUGAAUGGCUAUGGGUCGCCUGGUGCCGGCAGAGACCGUAAGUAG